UAAAAAUUUUUCUUUUAUCAUUUCACUCAGUGAUUGACAAGUGCAGUGUUUAAUAAAUAAUUAAAUAAUACAAAUUAUUUAAAAUUAAAUUACAAAUACUUAAUAAUGGAGGAGAUAACAUUGCAAGUAUCAGACAAUGGAGUUAAGAAUGACAAAGAUGAGACGGACAAAGAAGAAAUGGAGGUCAAUAUCGAGACAAAAGAAAGCGUCGUGACAAUGGACACCAUAGACAAAAGAACCCGUCGUGCUCAAAGACAGGAACACACUUUUGCUGCCAAGAAAACCGUCGCCCAGGGGAUGAUGGAUGUCGCCCUGAUAACUGCGAAUGCCAAUCAGCUGAGAUAUCUCAUCGAGUAUCAGCGCGAAAGUCCCACAUUUUUUCUGAUCGUCUUCCUCAUCGUCUUCAGUCUCCUGCUCCAGAUCGCCGUGGGCAUCAGCCUGAUCUUCAAAGGCCGGUUUGACAUUAAGGGACAAUCAAAAUCACCUCAAGCUCAGAAAAUAAAUAAUUACGUCGUCGUUGGCGUUUUUCUUAUCACUAUUAUAAAUGUUUUCGUCGCGGCCUUCAGUGUUACUUCUCCGGCUUCGACUCAAUUAUCAUCUAAUGUAUCUAAUAAUCAAUAA